CCAGGCAGUCCCUGACGUGUCGGGGAGGAGCCGGGCGCGGAGGUGCGUGGAGUGGAGCUCAAGGCUGCGGAGGGGAGCGGAGCUGAGCGGCUGGGCGGGCCUGGCCAGGCCAGCGGUGCAGAGACGUCGGUCGAGCGGCGGCGAACAUGCGCUUUUGACAUAUUGGAGGCUUUCUUGAUCAUGGAUGGUGAAGACAUACCAGAUUUUUCAAGUUUAAAGGAAGAAACUGCUUAUUGGAAGGAACUUUCCUUGAAGUAUAAACAAAGCUUCCAGGAAGCUCGUGAUGAGCUAGUUGAAUUCCAAGAGGGAAGCAGAGAAUUAGAAGCAGAGUUGGAGGCACAGUUAGUACAGGCUGAACAAAGAAACAGAGACCUGCAAGCUGAUAACCAAAGACUGAAAUAUGAAGUGGAGGCGUUAAAGGAAAAACUAGAACAUCAAUAUGCACAGAGCUACAAGCAGGUCUCAGUAUUAGAAGAUGAUUUAAGUCAGACCCGGGCCAUUAAAGAGCAGUUGCAUAAAUAUGUGAGAGAGCUGGAACAGGCCAAUGAUGACCUGGAGCGAGCAAAGAGGGCAACAAUAGUUUCACUGGAAGACUUUGAACAAAGGCUAAAUCAGGCCAUUGAACGAAAUGCAUUUUUAGAAAGUGAACUGGAUGAAAAGGAAUCUUUGCUGGUUUCUGUACAGAGGUUAAAGGAUGAAGCAAGAGAUUUAAGGCAAGAACUAGCAGUUCGGGAAAGACAACAGGAAGUGACCCGAAAGUCGGCUCCCAGUUCUCCCACGUUGGACUGUGAGAAGAUGGAUUCUGCUGUCCAGGCUUCACUUUCCUUGCCAGCCACUCCUGUUGGCAAAGGAACGGAAAACAGUUUUCCUUCACCGAAAGCUAUACCAAAUGGUUUUGGAACCAGUCCACUAACUCCUUCUGCUAGGAUAUCAGCACUAAACAUCGUGGGGGAUCUCUUACGGAAAGUGGGGGCUUUAGAAUCCAAAUUAGCAGCUUGCAGGAAUUUUGCAAAGGACCAAGCAUCACGAAAAUCCUAUAUUUCAGGGAAUGUUAACUGUGGGGUGAUGAAUAGCAACGGCACAAAAUUCUCUCGAUCAGGGCACACGUCUUUCUUUGACAAAGGGCAAGAAAAAGUCAUAUUUCCCACGUUGUUCAUGGAGCUGAUGUGCAUUGGAAGCAGCAAAGCAACUGCUUGCUGGUGACUGUUGAGUGGCUUCUGGCCAGAGGAGGCUGGGAAGGGCUAGUGUCCUGGGCAUCUGGAGGCAGGUUGUGGCCCAACUUCUCCACAACUCACUGGGGCAGUGAACGGCUUUGACCCAGCUCCUCCUCCUCCUGGUCUGGGCUCUUCGCGCCCCUCAUCAGCUCCGGGUAUGCUGCCUCUCAGUGUGUGAGUGCCCGGCUUCCAGGUGGGGGCUUCUGCCCUCCUCCAACAGCCCAGGACACCCACGCCUCACCCCUUGGUGCCUGGGCCCAGCCCUGUGCCCUUCCGUCUGCCUCCCCAUGGCUGGCAGAGGGCAGGCUGCAUGCAGUGGUGGCUGCUGGGCCCUGCCCAGCCCCAGGACUCUGCGCGAUAUCAAUACUGGCUAUUUUCUCUUCUUGCCGUAGUGCCGUUGGUUUCACAUGAUUGCACUUUUGUGGGUCACAAGGUGAUACAUACGUGUAUUACUUGGUUACUGGAUGCAGAAGUAUCAUUCAUCACACCUGCCUCAUAGCCCCCACUCUGCUGUACUGAUAGGAUUUAGUUGUGUUUAGGACAUUGCAAAUCUUCUAGAAGUUUUUCCCCAAAUCAGGUUUACAUGUGCCCUUCUUCUGAGCUCCCACUCAUGCAUCUUCAGUGCUCAUGAUCAUGUGUCCCCCAACUCCAUCCCCACAGUUUGGACCUAUAUCUGGCAGAGUCAGGAAGGUCAGUGAAUUAGGGAACAUUGUCUGUACCUUCUGAUUUUACGUAAGCAGUUACCAUUCCAUAGACUUGCCUCCCAAAGCAGCAAGAUGCCCGUCUGAGUUGCAGGUGGCGGGAACCUCCGGGCCUGGGCACUCACAGGCUGAACCUGUGCUGCUGCCUCCUCCAUGUGCCUCAGAGGUGGGUGGCAACCUCCUCGCCAGCUUUCUGGUCCUUCAGUAGUUAAAUGACAUCUUCAGAACAUUUUUGUUUUCUCCUCUGAGGGUCCGUCCAAUUGCAUUGGGAAGGAUUGAAUGGCUGAUUCCAGGGGCUGGCUGGUGCCAGAUCCUGGUGGCAGACUGACCAAAACUGGUUGUCCCUGUGCAUCCUUUGAUUACUCUCAUGCUGCAUUUACUGUUUACAUUUGUUUUAUUGUACAUAGGUUUGUAAACAUUAUUGCCUAAGAUAUUUGUAUAUAACUUGGGCUUUGUAGCUUUUAUUUAUUCAGAACUCAUAUGGCAUGUUAAUGACUUAUGAUGGUGUCCUACUCUGGGGCAGCUGUAUAGGAUCAUCAUGUGGCUAAAAAAGAAAAAAAAAUACUUCCCCUCAAGAAAAAAAAAAUCUUUUAAUGUGGAAACAAUAAAUUUCACAGAAAAAAAGAA